AUGGUAGCUUCAUCUGAGUCUAUUGUAAAGGAUUACCUUAGUCCAAAGCUUAAGGACCCCAAAGCAGUACAUCUUGGAGAUGAGCUAAGUUUGUACGGUGUUCCGAGAGACCAUGAUGUAGGGCUAAAUGAUACUGAUAUCGAUGUCCGAGCACCAAGUUUUCUGGAAGUUCACUUGCUUUCGAUAUUUGAGCCAACAGAGAAUAGGAUUGCAAUGAAAUUGUUUGGAAGCAAGAAAGCGCUAGAGAAUGAAAAAAAUCGGCAGCGAGCAGCAGGAUUUAUGAUCAUACAUCCGCUUAGUAACUUCAGAUUUUAUUGGGACUUAACAAUGCUCGUGCUGCUGGUAGCAAACCUCAUCAUCCUUCCUGUAGCGAUAGCAUUCUUCAAUGAUGACCUUAGUGCCAGAUGGGUUGUGUUCAAUAUCAUGGCUGACACUAUAUUCAUCAUCGACAUUCUCGUAAAUUUCCGCACAGGAGUGAUGUCGCCUGAAACUGCGGAUCAGGUGAUCUUGGAACCUAGGGCUAUUGCCCAACAAUAUUUAAAGACGUGGUUUUCGUUGGAUCUGAUCAGCUCGAUGCCCAUAGACUACAUAUUCUUCAUAUUUCAACAAAUGCAAGCAGAUAAUCUCAAUUCUCAAGAAUUAGAACAAAUCAUACAGGCUGGCAGAGCUCUAAAAAUUCUGCGUUUGGCAAAGUUAUUGAGCCUUCUACGUCUUCUACGCUUGUCACGCCUAGUCAGAUAUGUGAGCCAAUGGGAACAGUUUCUGAACAUGGCCUCACUGUUUGUGCGCAUUUUUAACCUAAUCAGCAUGAUGCUUCUCAUCGGACACUGGAGCGGAUGCUUACAAUUCUUGGUGCCUAUGCUGCAAGACUUCCCGUUGAAAUCAUGGGUAGCGAUUAACGAAUUACAGCUCGUUCCCUGGUAUGAACAGUACAGUUGGGCGCUGUUCAAAGCAAUGUCCCAUAUGCUCUGCAUCGGUUAUGGACGAUUUCCACCCCAGCACAUGACCGAGUUGCAACAAGUGGACGAGUACAUGUGUUAUAGAAAGCUUCCACGCGAAAUGCGUUUAAACAUACAAGACUUCUUCGAGCAUAGAUAUGGUGGAAAGUACUUUGAUGAAGGCAAUAUUCUAGGAGAACUGUCAGAGAAACUUAGAGAGGACGUCAUCAACUACAACUGCCGCUCAUUGGUCGCUUCGGUGCCGUUCUUCGCGAAUGCCGACCCCAAUUUUGUCACCGCUGUCGUGACAAAGUUGAAGUAUGAGGUUUGUCAGCCAAGCGACAUCAUCAUCAAAGAAGGCUCUAUCGGUAGCAAGAUGUACUUCAUACAGGAAGGCAUAGUUGACAUCAUAACAGCCGAAGGAGAAAUCGCUACUAGUCUAUCAGAUGGCUCAUACUUCGGAGAAAUUUGCCUUCUGACAAACGCACGCCGAGUCGCUAGUGUACAGGCUGUGACCUAUUGCAAUCUCUUUUCUCUAUCUGUGGAGCAUUUUAACAUGGUCUUGGACCAUUAUCCUUUGAUGCGCCAGACGAUGGAGACAAUUGCAGCGGAACGUUUGCAUAAGAUCGGCAAAAACCCGAGCAUUGCCAUGAGUCGCGACACCGAAAACAGGAUUGACCGUCCUGCGCUUAGCAUAUAUGUUCAAGGUGCCGACACUGGUUCCAGUAGCGACGAAGAAGAGAUCCGAAACUCUCACAUGGUUAUCCAGCACCGUGCGCCGACGAUUAACCUCAAGGAUGUCGAUAACUCUGACAUAAUUGUGUAG